AUGGGGGAUGAUAAUGAUACAGACGUAACAGAGUUUAUUUUAUUGGGGUUCUCGGGUUUUGGCUUUCUCCAGAGCCACCUGUUCUGGGGUGUGCUGUGUAUCUAUGUUGUUACCUUGCUGGGCAACUCUCUGAUCGUCCUCCUUACGCUGGCAGACUCUGCGCUCCACUCCCCUAUGUAUUUCUUCCUGCGUCACUUCUCCCUGGUGGAGAUCCUCUACACCACUACCAUUGUGCCUCGGAUGUUGGCUGACCUGCGGUCUUCCUGCCCCACCAUCCCCCUUGCCAGCUGCUUCACUCAGUUAUAUUUCUUUGCCCUGUUUGGCAUUGCUGAAUGCUGCUUGCUCACUGCCAUGGCCUAUGACCGGUAUGCUGCCAUCUGCUGUCCACUGCACUACACUACCCUGAUGAGCCAGGGAACCUGUACAGUUUUGGUGGGGGCCUCUUAUCUUGCGGGCAUCAUCUCAGGCACCACUCACUCUAUCUUCAUCUUCACAUUGCCUUUCCGUGGGGCCAACACCAUCCAUCACUUCCUGUGUGAUAUCCUGCCUGUGCUUAGAUUGGCUAGUGCAAGCACUUUCUGGGGUGAAGUGGGGAACCUCUUUGUCACAAUAAGUUUCAUCUUCGUCCCUUUCUUAUUGAUUGUGGCCUCUUAUGCCUGUAUUCUUGCCACCAUCCUUGGUGUUGCCACAUCCCAGAGUCGUCAGAAGCUCUUUUCUACCUGCUCCUCCCACUUGUUUGUGGUCAUUCUCUUUUUUGGGACUGGGACUGUUGCCUAUAUGAGGCCUCAGGCAGAUUCCUUUGGGGACACAGAUCAGAUCCUUACCUUGUUCUACACAGUUGUCACCCCCAUGUGCAACCCUUUUGUUUACAGUCUGAGGAACAAGGAGGUCACAGGGGCCAUGAGGAGGCUCAUGAAGAGAUACCUUUGGGGUCCUUGA